UCUGAAUUUUUUUUUCAAUAAAAAGCAUGAUUUUUCAGGCAAAUGAAAAAAAAAUUAAUUAGAUUUGGAUUCGCAUGUCCGCGUUUUUUUUAAUUUUGUAAUGAAUAUCAAUUAUGGUUAAUAGAUGAUUUUUAUUGUUUGUAUGUGUAUUAAUUUUUCGUAUGGUUGAAUCUUAAACUAAUCAAAGUGAUAUAUUUAUAUAAGUUGCUUAUCAUUUGAUUAUAUUUUACUAUAUGAAAUAAUUUUCUAAUGUAUUUUUUAUAAAUCAUACUAUUUACUAUGUUGUGUAUAUAUUUUUUUUUUCACGAUGACUAUGUUGUGUAUAUUAAAAACAGUUUGUUCAAAUUUGAAAGAUUUUGUUAAAAUUGGAACUGUGUAUUUUUUUUUUGUUCUAAGGUUCAAACUUUGUUUAUAUAAUUAUGUCACUGCAUUUGAUUUUGUUUUAUAGAAUGAUAUUAUGUGUUAUAAACAUGUGACUAGAUUAGGAUCCGCGUUUUGGAAGCGCGGGAUUUGUUUCACGUAAAAUUCAAAGUUAUCAAAUCAUGUAUAAUUCGUUUGUAUAUUGUAUGUGUAAUAUUAUUUCAAGCAAUAAUAAAAUAUGUGUUAUUGUGUAAAUGACAAACAAACUCGCUUAUUUUAAAGUAUAAAUUUAUUUUCUGUUAACUAAAUCAUCAAGAUAUAGUAUUAUUUGUAUGCGAUGACUAAUUUAUCUUAGUCAUAAAUAUUAUUGUACACAUAAUCUAGAUUAUGGCUAAAAAUAACUUUUACACUAACAACAUACAUGUUUAUUUUAUUAUUUGUUUGUUAUAGGAUAAAAUAAUAUUCAGUCCAUAAAUUAGUUAUUUAUAAAUAAAAUUUAUAAUAGAAAUAAUUACAAAGAAUUGUGAACGCAUUUCGUCUAAUUCGGACAUAAACUGUAUUUUCUCUACAUCAAAUCUAUUUUAUUGGCGGAAAGAUUAACUUUUGGUGCGUUACAACUUAGUUGGGCCUUAAGAUCUUUUCACUACUGGGCCGAUGUAACGUGAAAUCUUCUAAAACGAGCGAACAAACAUCAGUCAAGAUCUAUCUAAAAACUCCCAUCUCUCUCUCCGGCGUGGCUUCACCGGCGAGGCAACUUUUGUGAUCGAUGGGGGUGGUCAUCGAGAGCUUCGUCUGGGAGCCAACCACAAGCGUCUUCGCCUUCUUCCUCCUCUCCACAUUUCUAUCGAUAUUCCUCUUCCCCUACUUCGCCAAAAGCAAAACGUUCGGUACCUUCGAUCACGCCGUCUCCUCAUCUUUCGCGCGCUUCCAAAGAUGGUUUCUAGCUAUCUACACUCUCUCUUCAGUGAUGGAAGGUGUAUGGUCGGUGUAUGGAGAAUCGGAGUUAGCGUCUUAUGGCGUGAGUAAAGAAUCAAUGGUGUCUUAUCUCUGUGUUGGCUUCUCGUCUUCUCUUGUUCUCGGUCCUUUACUUGGUGUCCUCUCUGAUCUCAUAGGUCAGAAGAGGAUUUGUCUACUCUAUUGCGUCUUGCAUUUCGUUGUUGGUGUGUGGAAGAGGAUUACAAUGAGUCCUAGUGCCUGGUUUGCUAACGUUUGCUUGUCUCUUGCUGGUCUCGUGCAUUCAUUUGGGUUUGAGACUUGGCUCGUUGUGGAGCAUGAGAAGCAAAGUCAGCGGAAUGAUUCGUUGAAUGAGACGUUCUGGUUGAUGACUUUUCUUGAGUCUGCUUCUUUGAUUGGAGGUCAAGUUCUUGCGAAUUGGCUUGCGGAUGGUAAUGUUCAGAGUGGCGUUGCGCUGUCUGCUACGGCGUCUCUGUUCUUGUCUGUUGUGGCCAUUGUUUGUAUUGUCCGGACUGCGAAAGAGCCUGUUAAGACGCUGCCACUUAGAGAUUAUUCUGCAGCGUUCUAUGCAUAUGUUCUUGGUGAUAAAAGAAUAUGGUUUCUAGGAACUGCACAGGCCUGCCUCCAGUUUUCCACUGCAGUCUUUUGGAUUCUUUGGGCACCGACGAUAGUGGCUGAUGGGCGAGAAGUGAAUCUGGGAUUGAUAUAUCCAUGUUUCUUGGGCUCAAGAAUGCUUGGGAGUACAGUAUUCCCAUGGCUUAUGAGCGGACAAUCAUUUCUCCGGCUUGAAGAUUGCCUAGUCUACAUAUACGCAAUACUUGCGGUUGUGUUUUCUAUAGUAGCCUAUGAUUAUCAGGAAAUCAGCACCUUAAUAGUACUUUUCUGCUUAUUUCAUGGCUUUACUGGACUGGUACUGCCUUUGCUUGCAAGACUAAGGACCAUGUAUGUACCGAAUGAAUUGCGUGGAGGGAUGAUAAGCCUUUCUCAAGUCCCAGCUAAUGCAACUAUCUUGUAUUGCUUAAUACAGAGAGGGUACUCCGGCAAGAUUGAGAAUUCAACGAUGAUGGCUCUAAGUGCCGUUUCGUUAUUCUCUGCAUCUGGUUGUAUAUAUUUAUUAAGACGAUGGGGAAAGUCACCACACCAAGACUGGCACAAGUUAUGAUUCUGAGUAGCUCCUGGUCUCUAAUUAUGGGGGACUUACCCACGUAAGGGGAAGCAGGACAAAGGCAAAUCUACAUGCUCCCUUACAUAACUCAGGUUGGUAUUUGUGAUCUUGUAUUAAUGGUCUCGGUAGCAGCUUGAAGUGAGCAAACAGACAAACCUCGAAGAAACUCAAAGAUGCAGAGAACGAAUUCUAUCAAUUUUGAAAUAUUGAUUCUUUUUUUUUCUGGUCUUUGAAAUUGAUUGUUUUUUGUUUUGUUCAUGUCUUUUUAAGAUUAUUUUUUGGACUCCAAUUAGAAAAUAUGAAUGCAGUUAUUUUAAUUUUAAAAAAAAUCAAUCUGCAUAAUCUAUUUUUAUCA